AUGCAUCUCAAAGACGUCCUCUUCGCGCUUCAAUGCGCCAGCGUCUCAUGCUCCAGCCUCCGCCCACCGAUUGAGAAGCGCGCAACAACAGAAAUCCCCUCAGACUCAUUCAACUCCCUGGAGACAUACUGGAACUACUUAUACCCCUGGGGUCCCACGCACAAUGGCGGCGCACGCAUGGACGAAGAACACGUCUCCGUGACCGAUGGCGUACUCACCUUGACCGCCGAGCCAAGAACCGACCAGGAAGACCCCAUCCACUACCUCUCGGGCGCAAUCCACGCAAAGUCCACCUUCACCGUCUCCCCGGGCGGCGGGUACGACAUCAGUGCUGAGUUCAUCGCCCCCGUGGACAAGGGAACGUGGCCUGCGUUCUGGCUAAACGCCGCGAGUGGGUGGCCGCCUGAGAUUGACAUCGCGGAGUGGAAGGGCUCUGGAAAGAUCUCGUUCAACACGUUCAAUACGUCUGAUGAGGUGACAGCGCUGGAUAGGGAUUAUCCGAACCCCGGGGAGUGGCAUUCUGUUCGGGCUGAGCUGCGUGAUGAGAAUGGGCAUGAUGUGAGGGUCAAGUUCUUCCUUGAUGGGGUUGAGCAGACUACGCAGUAUGGGAGGGAUUACAUUGGAGCUGGACUUCGUCUGAUUGUGAAUUAUCAGACUGAGGGAUCUUCUGGCUCGCCUGGGCCCACGACACCUACCACUUUCCAGGUCCGCAAUGUCGAGGUUAUUAGUCUCAACUAA